AUGUAUAUAGACGCGUUCAAACGACUCGUUUACCAACGGCUGAACUGCCUGAGGAAAAUGUGUGUAUGUCGUCGACAAUGCGGGUCGGUUGCAAUGUCUAAGGUGGCUGUGAAAAAGCUGCACUGGCGCUCUAAAGUCCAGGAGAGCUUUGUGCCAUUGCUGGGCAGUUCUGGUGAACUGGGCGUAGCCAUUGGAGGCGGAGCUGAUUAUGGCGAGUUCCCAUUCGUCACUGCUGCACCUGGAGGUGGGAUCACAGUUGGCGAUAUCAUCUUGGAGAUCGGUGGAACACCUGUUUUGGGGAUGACCUUAGGCGAUGUACGUGGGGUGCUCAACUCAUGCCCACACCCCAUUCGCAUGAAAACUGUUCCAUCAGGUUCCACUCUGUGUAAAGAUCUGAGGUUAUAUCUGAGUAAAUGUUUCACUCCUGGUUCAAUGGACAGUCAGCUUCAACAAGUCAUACGAGAAAAUCUAUAUCUACGUGCUGUACCAUGUACGACCAGACAGCCUCGCGAUGGGGAAAUCUCAGGAGUGGAUUAUAACUUUGUGUCCAUUGAGGAGUUCUUUUCUCUAGAGGAAUCAGGAGCUCUGCUGGAAAGUGGCAAGUUCAAAGGUAACUAUUAUGGAACCCCUCGGCCAAUCCACAUCGGUCCCGACAGCCCUCCCAUAACAUACCAGGAACACCGCAAGCUCCUGAGAAACUUCCGCACACGCAGCAAAUCCCUCAGCAACCUGGAGAAAGCAGCAGAAGAGGGUUACAACAGUGAAGGAGACUCAGGGCUAUCAGGCGGGUCAGGAGGUGCUAGCAGUGUCCCUGCACCCAUGUCAUCCCCCAGCCGGUCUCGUGAUUCUAACGAAGGGGAUAGCAGUGCCUUUGACAAUGGAAUUGGGCACAGAAGAAGACGGAGAAGGGCGGGACUCGAAACCUGGGAAAUGACCUACAAUGAUUCAGGGGAUCCUUUCUAUACAGAUCAUCAGCCCAAGCCGGUUUCCUGGCACAGUCGGCGCACAUCCAGCAGAGAGACUGUUUGCACAACUGAACUGGGAGAGUUUACAGACCAGCCUAGCGAGUUAAGAGGAUACUCCAUCCACACUCGGCUGCGUAAAGGGCCUCAGGGCUUCGGCUUUAACAUUGUCGGGGGCAGCCGACCCACCGAGUUCCUACAGAUAUACAGCGUCACAUCUGAAGGGCCAUCCACACUUAACACAGGGGACAUCCUGGUGUACAUUAACGACUCCUGUGUGCUGGGCACCUCUUAUAAAGAGGUGGUGGAGAUGCUAAAAGCCGUGCCUGUUGGCCAGAGCGUGGACAUCGUGGUCCGCAGAGGCUACCCCAUUCUCUAUGACCCUGAUGGCAGCCCCAGACUGUUCCGUGAUCCCACUUCGAAAUCUCCGUCUCUGCCCACCACCACCCAGCCCAAAGCCCAGCAUCUACGCCCUCAAGCUGAAAUACACCGGAACGAGCUCAUGUACCGUGCAGAGGGGAGGUAUCCCGGAGCCCUCAGGGGAAGAGCAUCCAGAUUGAGCCUGGAUGCUAACGGAAACGCAUCACAUUUUUCGCCACCUCCAAGGACUCCAUCUUCUUAUCCAUACCCUAGUGGGGGUGACAGUGACUUUCAGAGGCCGUACUACUCCCCGAGAGGGAUCAGGAGACUACAGAGUGCAGACCUGGCAAGCCAAAGCGACAGUGAGGUGGUAUCAGCUAUAGGAUCACACAGGGCCUCCUACAUUCGAAACCACAACAACAACUCCCUCUACCCACCGUCACCUAUACGCUAUUACUCUGCCAAGUCCUCGGAGAGUGACCUCUCCUCCUACGCCCCAAGCCCGCCCCUGUCACGCUUGCCUCUACCCCACACAGAGUCGGGCCAUAACUCUGUCUCUUCCUCUCCUGGUGGAGGACGGCGCUACUCCCAGUUCCGUAAUGGCCAGCGCCCCCUGCUCACCCCCCCUAUCAGCGCCCAGUCGGACGGUCCGUACUUUACCUUCGGCAGUGCUAACAGCGCCAGCCCCAGCAGCAGCGUCGCAUCACCGGGGCAGAUAAGCGGUGGCGGGGGCAGGGCCGGGGAGCUGGUGCCUGUUUCCGUGGCACAGUCAGAGGAAGGUUUAGGGUUCAGCUUGAUGUUGGGUGGUCAGGGAGGUAGGAUGGCACUGGUGAAGAGAGUGUGGGACCGACAGCUGUGCAGCGGCCUCCAGCCUGGAGACGCUAUCGUUAAGAUCAACGGAGCGGAUGUGCAAAGCCUCAGCCUCACUCAGGUCCAGCGGGUCCUGGAAGAGCACACCAAGAAUGGAGAGGUUAUCCUUCUAGUUCAGAGAGGAGGACCCAUAUAUUCUACCAUCUCUCAGAACUCGACACACCGUCAACACAGCCCCUCUCGACCACGUUCAAACUCUGCCUCUCAGAUCCCCUUCAACCACACUCCACCUCUGCCACGGAACUCCAUAACGCCACCCCCUCAAUCACUAGUGCGUUCCUCAUUGGUUCAGAGCACCAGCUUUCUGGAUUCUGUACCCGUCACGUUAACACUGGAGCCUCGCGAUUGGAUAAGUACUAAAGAGGGUGGGACUACACUCAGUCCCAGAGUGAACACUGAGGAGAAAAUCCAGCCACCUUCUUCAGGAGGGUUUGAGGUGGAGCUCAAGAGGCGGCCGGGAGAAGGAUUUGGAUUUGUAAUAGCAUCGCAGGAUGUGGAAAAUGGCAGAGCUACGUCCCUGCUUCCUCACCGGUUUGUGACAGUACGCCGUGGCAGUCCUGCAGCUCGGAGCGGUCUGAUUCGACCCGGGGAUCGGUUGGAGUCAGUGGAGGGACGCAGCGUGGUCAACCUGCCCCACAGGGAGCUGGCACAGAUACUGAGGAGGGCAGGCAACACACUGCGUCUGACCAUUGUCCCACGCUCCAGUGCUCACUCCACUGAGCACUCAGACAAUGAUGCUAAUCACAGAAGCAGAAAGCCUCACAGGUCCAAACCAAAGGACACAUCUAAGUACUACAGUGUGGAGCUGGAGAGAGGAUCCACUGGAUUUGGGUUUAGUCUCAGAGGGGGCAGUGAAUAUAACAUGGAUCUUUAUGUUCUUGGCCUGAUGGAAGGAGGACCAGCCUCAUUAAGUCGCAAGAUGCAGGUGAGUGACCAGCUGGUGGAAAUCAAUGGGAACAGCACAGCAGGAAUGAGCCACAGUCAAGCCGUAGAACAAAUCAGAAAUUCAGGCCACAAGAUUCAGCUUGUGCUGAAAAAAGGCAACGGAUAUGUUCCUGACUAUGACAAUGAUCACAGAGCAACCUUCACCUCUUCCUUGCCCUCAGCCCUGCAGUCGCAUCUGGCUGCAAUAAAUCUCCGACACCAGCACCACCGUUUGGACACCACAUCCAACCCUUCAAGAGCGGGUAGAACCCGCAGCCAGAGAGCAAAUACAGAGCAUCAGGGAUCGGAGGAGAGUCCUAACCGCACACAGGGUACAGAUCAAAGGUCAAAGGACAGGAGGAGAAGCCAAGGAUUCAACAGUUUACCCAAAAACAGGCACAAAGGACACAGCGAGGAAGAGGAUGACACUGAACCAGCAGCCAAUGGAAGACACAGGCAGAGGGGAAAAAAAGAGGAAAAGGAGAGAAGGAGUAAAAGCGAGGAAAGAAAAGUACAACAAAAGAGUGAAAGAGAGAGAGAGAAUGUGACAGUGGAGAGGAAGCAACAUGGAGCUUGGGAGAGAGAGAAUACAAAUUUGCCCAUCCCUAAACAGACCCAGAGUCAGGGUUGGGAAGGAGAAGGAAAGAAAAGUGAUGAAGAGUUGGAAAUACAGAAGGACAGGCUGUUUUCUCAUGAGAAAAACAAAAGGGAAAAACUGAGAAGCAGACAAAGGGAUAAAAAGAAUGAGACAGAAAGUACGACAGACAGGCAAGAGCUAAGUAGUGAGUCGGGCAACAGUUCUGAUCAAGUAAUGGCAAAGAGUAUGUGGCAGUGCGAGGUAGACACUACGUCCUACGAUGCUAAGUCUUUGUCAGGCAUACCAACGUUGAAUUUUGUUCAGCCCAACUAUUGCUUGCCCAGUGAAUUCCAACGGUCUCCUUUUUCUUUCCUUAUGUCCAAAGACAAAAACUCAAAUUCUGAGGUAAGUGAGACUGAUGCUAGUGUCUCAGCUGCCAGUGUCUCUGAGUUUUCUUCAUAUUGGAAUGAAAGAUACAGUUUAAGGGCCCCCAGCACAACAAUACCAGGCCCCUGGCUCGAACCAAGUUAACACACUUAUUAGAAUGAUCGAUUAGAACAAUUAGAAUGACAGCAACUGGGGCGCUUGGCUGGCAUGUAAAAUAUGCUAGCCUGUUAAUGCUGGUCAGAUAUCUUCACAGACAUGACGUAGCUAUGUCUGGAGCAUGGGGGCAGGGGGCGGCGGAACAGCCUAGCCAUUGAGAGGUGCACUUGUCAGUGCGCUUUCAGUACUGGAAAGAAAGAUUGCAUCAGGAAGAGAAUCCAGCGUAAAACUGUGCCAAAUCAAGUAUGUGAACCAGAACAAUCUGUGCU